CCCAGUUGGCGGGAAAGAAGAUCCGUUGUUGGCGGGAAAACAUACGUAUCCUGCCACUGCUAUUUCUACUAUCGCCGCCGGAAUCAUCGUCCACGCCCAUCAUCAUACCUACAGAGAGAGAGAGAGAGAGAGAGAGAGAGAGAGAGAAUGGUGGGUCUACCGUACGAUUGCCUGGCAAACCCUCUGGGAGCAGUACGAUUGACGUUCGACAAGGUGGUGGCCUCCGGCUCCGAUCCGGCCACCCUCGACGGCAGAGACUGGGGCGUCAUCGACCUCUUCCGCGAUUUCCUUUUCGACAAUGGUCACCUCUCUCAGGUGCCUUUACUGAAUGCUACGAGUGUGCGAAUGGUUCAACCGAAUACGCUAGUUCGGUUCCGCGGAAUGAUACAAGAUAUGCUGGGUAACGAGUUCUACGUUGGUGCCUACAGGGAUGGGGCCGUAUGGAGAACCAAUAAAUACACGGAUGUUUCUCAAUCUCCCAUUGACCAUUCAUCUGAUAUGCGGAUCUGGGAACGCCGCCUCCUGUACUGUGUUCCUGUUCCAGGGCAGAAUUUGUGGACUAUGUCUUUGCCAGAACCUAGGGCAAACUGCGCAUCCCCACAUGGGGAAAAGCGCCAGAGGGAGGAUGAUGCAUCCCCCGAUGACAUGGAUAUGCAAGGACUAGAUGAGGACGCUAAGGGUUCCACAAGCACUAAGAAAAUGCGAGAAGGUAGGCCCUCUGCCAUAUCUGCUCAUCCACAGGAUUCAACUGAGGGAACUUAUCCUAGCAUGAGGAUGGUGCUUGAUUUUGAUGGAAAUUCACUUCCUUGCCUUGUGAAGGUAUAUGACUCUCCAGAAGCUGACCUGAAGCUGAAUGAUGUUUUUGAGUUUGUUGGUGUCCUCACCUUUGAUUCAGAGAAUAGCGGUGACAGGGAUGAUUCUAAUGAGUUCACAAGCUGUUUUAGUGAAGAUGAAUUGGCUCAUUUGCCUCCCAGCAAGGUCCCACGCCUACAUUGUGUUGUUCACCGGAAGCUUGCUCUGCAUGAUUUUCUUUUCAGCACCCACGUGAUGGAGCAUAAAUCCAAUUUAGUCAGAACCAUAAGGGGGAAUCUGCUGGGACAUCUUACGGCUGUUCUUGGAAAUGAUGGCUUGGCAGCUCAUUUCUUCUUGUUGCAUCUUUUGUCCAGGGUGCAUGCCCGGGUCGACACACUUGCUGUGGGGAAGCUUUCUCUAAACCUUACUGGUUUUAGCAAGGAAAGUGCAUCUGUUUUUGGAAAUCGUCUUAACAGUUUAGUCAAGAAUCUUGUACCAUUCACACAUUGUAUAUCUCUUACUGUGGAUUAUCUUAACACUGCUUCAUUGGCCCCAAGAAAGGAUUAUCAAAUGAACAGAUUGGCAUCUGGAGUUCUGCAGCUAGCUGAGGGUUCGCACAUGAUAAUUGAUGAGACCAAGUUACAAGCAGGGACCCUCAGCUCUGUUGGGGUUGAGAAUGCAAGAUUGCUGAAGAGUCUAAUUGAGUUGCAAAAAGUGGAUUAUGAUUUUACAUACUAUAAAAUGGAGAUGGCAGCAGAUGUCCAACUGCUAAUUCUUUCUGAGGGCAAAUCAAACAUCUUGCCAGCUGAUCUAGUUGUUCCUUUCCGUCCAUCUUCAGUAGAUUCAAUUGAAACUGCAGAUGCAGACACACUGAAAGCUUGGAGAUGGUACUUGGUUAGCCUAAGAUCAUUGUCGCAUUCAAUUGAACAAGAAAUGCAGAAGGUGGUGGAAGAAGACUUGGUUGCAGCUAGGCAAGCAGAUAGGAGUCUAGGCAGCCAACAAUUUAGCAGAUGGCUGACAUUGGGCCGCUUAAUGUCAGUGAGUUUUGGUGAAAGCAGCCUGUCAUUCGAGCACUGGCAAAUGGUCAAUGAACUUGAGAGGCAAAGAAGGGAAAGGCUUCAAUGCAGUAUGUAGGCGCAGGGAAAGUAUUUAAAACCGUUUAAAUCACGAGUUUGUGUGACAUUGGUAGGCCAAUGAGUUAUUGAGCCAUUGUUUGCCCUAAUGAAAUGCUCUGCUGUGGGUAUGGUUUCCCACAAUACCCCCUGCAAUGAAAGGUUGUUGGCAGUUGCCAUCAUCUGUGGGAUUUUUAUUUUUCAGUGGAUCUGGCCGCUUUAGCAGAGCAGUUGGCAAACACAAUUCAAUCCGUUUGUUCCUUCAAACUAGUGGGCAGUGAGCUUUGAUUGUUCACGUUGUAUGUACAAAGCAAAGGUUACAGAGAAGUCGGUUGUAUUGUAGUUAGACGUUGGGUUGGGUUCCAAAUGGCUUCUCUUACAUUUGUUGCAUUUUGCUCAGCAAUAACGUUCAGAAUGGUUCAGGAA